UCUCUGGAAGAAAAGUUUCUUUAUCCAAGUUGGCGAGUCAGGACUCCGGAGUCCGGACCGACCUUAUAAGACAGAAUAAAUUGCUAUAAGAAUAAGACGGUUUAACUUGGGAUCCGGGCAAUCUCAUUACGGCGCCUCCGCUUUCUUUUCUUCUCCCUGGUUUUCGUAAAAGAUUUUGUUCCUCUGAAGAAACAAAGAAAUACAUGGUUCCUACUUUGCGCAGGACCAUUGGAAAACCUAUGUCGGUAAUAACACGCGAUGGUUCCUCUAUUUGUGGUGGAGAUCUCUCAGGUCUUCGUUAUGCUCCUACUACCAGUGAUCCAGGUGCUUAUACUGAAGAUAAUGGAGGGUCAUUUUUGAGUGAAACUAAAAGUGAGAGAGUAACACACUCCUUGCACUCCACAAACAAAAACAGCAAGAGAAAAAACAUGUACCUGCAGAAGGAAAACACAUCAGUUUCUUGCAGGAAAAAUGCCAGGAAACAGCAUCAGGACCUGUAUUUCGUGAACGAGAAUAGGCGUCCGUUAAACCCAUUAGACUUAAUGUUAUAACUUCUCAUAUGACUUCAAAGACGAGCAACAACGAAAAGGCCAAGAAGAAGUCACCCUCUGCUGAGCCUGGUUGUAUAACUGUCAAGGCUUGUCAUAGCUCCAGUUCAGAUGCUGAUACUGUAGAUUCUGAAUAUAAUAGAGGGUUAUGUCUGCAGCAGGAAAACCAAAAUCCUAAUACCCCAGUUUCUCGCAGGAAAAAUGCCAAGAAACAGCAGCAGAACUUGUAUUACAAGAAUGAGAAUAUGCACCCGUUAAACCCAUCAAACCAUAAUGUUCCAACUUCUCAUAUGACUUCAAAGACUAGCAACAACGAAAAGACCAAGAAGAAGUCACCCUCUGAAGAACCUGGCCGUAUAACUGUUGAGGCUUGUCAUAGCUCCGGUUUAGAUGUUGAUCCUGUGGAUUCUGAAGAUAAUAGAGGGUUAUGUCUGCAACAGGAAAACCAAAAUCCUAAUGCCUUGGGUUCUUGCAGGAAAAAUGCCAAGAAGCAGCAGCAGAACCUGUAUUACGAGAAUGAGAAUAAGCGCCUAUCAAACCAUAAUGUUCUAACUUCUCAUAUGACUUCAAAGACGAGCAACAAUGAAAAGACCAAGAAGAAGUCACCCUCUGAAGAACCUGGCCGUCUAACUGUUGAGGCUUGUCAUAGCUCCGGUUUAGAUGUUGAUCCUGUAGAUUCUGAAGAUAAUAGAGGGUUAUGUCUGCAACAGGAAAACCAAAAUCCUAAUUCCUUGGGUUCUUGCAGGAAAAAUGCCAAGAAGCAGCAGCAGAACCUGUAUUACGAGAAUGAGAAUAAGCGCCUAUCAAACUGUAAUGUUCUAACUUCUCAUAUGACUUCAAAGAUGAGCAACAACGAAAAGACCAAGAAGAAGUCACCCUCUGAAGAACCUGGCCGUAUAACUGUUGAGGCUUGUCAUAGCUCCGGUUUAGAUGUUGAUCCUGUAGAUUCUGAAGAUAAUAGAGGGUUAUAUAUGCAGCAGGAAAACCAAAAUCCUUACACCCCAGUUUCUCGCAGGAAAAAUGCCAAGAAACAGCAGCAGGACCUGUAUUUCGUGAACGAGAAUAGGCGUCCGUUAAACCCAUUAGACCUUAAUGUUCUAACUUCUCAUAUGACUUCAAAGAUGAGCAACAACGAAAAGACCAAGAAGAAGAAGCCACUCUCUGAAGAACCUGGUGGUACUGUCAAGGCUUGUUAUAGCUCUGAUUCAGAUGUUGAUUAUGUUUGUCGUAGCUCUGAUUCAGAUGAUUCUGUAGAUUCUGAAGAUAACACAGGGUUAUGUUCGCCAGAAACCAAAAGUGAGAAGGUGAGUAAAGGUCCUGCACGUUUGAGCUCCUUACUUUCCUUACUGCCCACAAGCAAGAACAAGAACAAAGAUAUGCAACAGCAGAAAGCAAAGUUUAGUAACAUCCCUCGUGGCCCCUCGAGCAUUGAUGGCUGUCUUUCUUUUAUGACUUCAAAGAUGAAAAUCAACGAGGAGACCAAGAGGCACCAGCUGGAUAAGGAACAAUGGGAAGCUUCCUGGUAUCAAGGAAUUGGGAAGCCAAACUCAAUGUAUGGCCCUCAUGAGAUGACAUACUGGGUAACUGUAGAUGGCUACUUCAGAAAGAAGAGGAGGUGGAUCUGGAGCUAUUAUUCAUGACGAACUUGGUAAACCCAUUGUUGCCUUUUCUGGGAUUUCUAGAGUGCCAGUUUCAUUCCUUCAUCACCAGUUGGAGGGUAUGAUAGAAGAAGGGCUGGGACUCACAUUGAAGUAUCAGCUUCUAGAUAUUGUGCUUGGAUGCAAUUCUAAGCGUGCUGUUAACAUCGUCAGCAGGGUUCUUGGUACAAUAAAUGGAUGCCGUUCUCAUGGCAUUGGAGAUAGUUCUUUUAAUGUUGUUUGUGGAAGAUGUGUGAAGCAGCUUGCCACUUUUGAUGAGUAUCCCACUGUGUUUCCUCUCUUGAGGAAAACUGUGAAGAUGUGUGAUAAGUUUCCUUUGACGGUGGAAUUCUUCAGUUUCUCAAGAGAACUCAACAGAUCAGCUGAUUUUCUGGCUAAGCUUGAUGUGCAUGUCAGGGAGAUCAAUCCAUGCCAAUUCCCUGAGGACUUGAAAAAAAUUCUUGCUGAAGAUUUUUGUGGCUCUCAUAAGCACGGGUUGCCUUUUAUUCCAUAGAGUUUCUGCUUUCACUUUUCGUUUUUGUCUGGAUCUAUUGGCUAAUACACCUAUCACUUUUGUUGAUUAUGCUGCGGGUAUCCCUCCCGGUAUGAAGAGGCCAACUUUGCAGGCUUCUUCCAGGUGCUGGAGAUAAAAUAGAAGUCAUCAGUAGCAGCAGCAGAUUAUCUGGCUAAGCUUGGCGGACCUGCCAUCGUUCUUAUGAUUAGUUUUUAGCUUUGUCUGGUGCGCUGAAACUACUUUUAGUAUUUUUUGAUGUCUGAUAUAGAGAUGGAAUGAUUCUGAGUUAAUCUUACAGUCUGCGCAGUAGAUUCAAGCCCCCAUCGUAUGUGACACUCCAUACUACAGAUUUCUCCUUUCAUCUGCAUGUAUGAUUUUUCAACUGUGUUUCUCGGAUACGUAAGUAACGUAACUUUCGGCUUAAAGCUGGCAUAGGACUGUAAAUUUAGAUCAAGCUGGCAUAGCUCUUAAUAUUUUUGCACUGUCACUUGUCCUUUGGUUUAAAUUUAUGGAAAAUGAUUUAUAU